UUUACAGUGACGUGUAGUGAGAGUAGUGCAUGGUGAAUUGUCCUCACUAAAAAAUAUGUUAGAUUUAUUUACAAUAUUUAGUAAAGGAGGCAUCGUUUUAUGGUGCUUCCAAGGCACAGGCCAAAUAUUUGCACCAUCAGUCAAUGCUUUAAUCAAAACUGUGAUCCUACAAGAAAGGUCUGGAAAUCAAACAUUUGAAAAGGAUGGUGUUCAAUUGCAGUACAAACUGGAUAAUGAGUUUGAUUUGGUUUUUGUUGUGGCCUAUCAAAAGAUUCUGCAAUUAUCAUAUGUGGAUAAAUUUUUGAAUGAUAUACAUUUGGAAUUUAGGGACAAAUAUAAAAAUGAACUCUCUGAUGGCAACUAUUAUCAGCAGUUCCAGUUUAUGGAUAUUUAUAAUAAAAUUUUAAAGAAGUCUGAGGAAUGGGGCAAAACACAAGCUAAGCUGCCCAAGCAGAUGAGAAGCUAUGAGGAGAGUUUUAAGAGCAAAAAAACUGUGGCUUCCAUGAUUGAAAGGAAGGGAGAAGAAAAACCUGUUAAAGUUACCAAAAAGAAGGAGGUCAACUUCACUGAGGAAGUAUCUCCCCAAUCUUCACCAAAACAAGAAAAUGGAAUUAACUGUGAAGAUCUUAUUGCUGCUAACAGAGCUAAGUUUGCUCAAAAAAUGAACAAGGGCAAUAAAAAGUUGGAUACCAAGAAAAGUCCUAAGAGUCCAAAAAGCCCCAGUGAAAAGGCUGGAAAGAAGCCGCGCGUUUGGGAAUUGAGUGGUAGCACUAAAGAUUUGGGUACUUUAGAAAGAACUACUGAUAGGCCAGAAGAUAUGAAAAGUCAUUUUACUCCAGAUGAAGAAAUCGUUGGUAAAAUGCAAGGUAUUAUUAAGGACAUUGAAGUGGACUCUUCUAGUGAAGAAGAAUAUGAGUCUGAUUCUGAUCAUGAACAACCACAGAAAACAGAGAAGGCUAAAAGUGGUGGAAUGUUUUCUAUUUUCAAAGGGUUGGUGGGUUCUAAGAACCUUAACAAAAACGAUAUGAUACCAGUCUUGGAAAAAAUGAAGGAUCAUUUAAUAUCAAAGAACGUUGCUGCUGAUAUAGCCAUAAAACUGUGCGAUUCAGUCGCUGCAAAGCUCGAAGGAAAGGUUUUGGGUACAUUUGAUAGUGUUGCAACAACAGUGAAAAAUACAAUAACUGAAAGUUUAGUACAAAUUUUGAGCCCUAAACGGCGUGUUGAUAUAUUGAGAGAUUGCAUGGAGGCUCAGAAACAGAACAGGCCGUACGUUAUGACUUUCUGUGGAGUGAACGGAGUCGGAAAAUCUACGAAUCUUGCUAAGAUCUGUUUCUGGUUAAUUGAAAAUAAUAUGAGUGUUUUAAUCGCGGCUUGCGAUACUUUUCGUGCGGGUGCUGUUGAACAGCUUCGUACUCAUAUGAAACAUUUGAAUGCUUUGCAUCCACGUGAUAGACACGGUGGAAUAGAAAUGGUCCAACUAUAUGAGAAGGGUUAUGGAAAGGAUGCAGCAGGUAUUGCGAUGGAAGCCAUCAAACAUGCACACAGAGAAAACAUCGAUGUAGUUCUGAUAGAUACGGCCGGUCGAAUGCAGGACAACGAGCCAUUGAUGAGAGCUCUCACUAAGCUAAUUAGAGUUAACGAACCGGACCUUGUCCUGUUCGUAGGUGAAGCAUUGGUUGGAAACGAAGCUGUAGAUCAAUUAGUCAAAUUUAACCAAGCCAUGGCCGAUUAUUCCUCAAACUCUGAUCCUCAUAUUAUUGAUGGCAUUGUUUUAACGAAAUUCGAUACAAUCGACGAUAAGGUCGGAGCUGCCAUUUCAAUGACAUACAUAACUGGCCAGCCAAUCGUAUUUGUUGGCACAGGCCAAACUUAUACCGAUUUAAAAGCAUUGAAUGCUAAAGCAGUAGUUCAUGCUUUAAUGAAAUAAGUUAUUUCAAAGAUUUUAAAACCUAUAAAAUAAACUUAAAAUUAAUAUUUUGUACUUUCAAAUAAGAAUUUAUUGGUUUUAUGGUAAUGGGCCAUGGUAUUUUUUAUAUUUCAGUAAAGCUCUUUUUAAAAAAAUAAUCAUUUUUAAUUGUGUUUUGUAUAAGCACCAAUUUUGUCUGUAAAUACAUGUCUUGUUGAACUUA